AUGCCUGUAUGUAUAGACGUGGCGUGGGCCCUGCGUGACCAGGCGGUGCUGAACGAGUCUCGCGAGAAGAAAUUCCGGCGCCUGAAGCACGUGCUCCGAGAUCCGAUCAACAAGAAGCACGCCGCCUUGCCGCUGCUGUUUCCCAGCUCGACGGUGACGGUGGAGCGGAGUUGUUUCCUGAGUGUGUCCCAGUCGCCGUCGCCGUCGCGGGACGAAGAGACGGCCCGCACGCUGACGGACUCGGAGGACUCGAGCGAGUCCUUUGCUGCCCCCGCUGGUCUAGUCAAGUCCGUCUGCAGGCAAUUGACAAAGAAGAAGGGGAUCUUCGACGGGGAAAAGCAGCAGAAGCAGCAGCAGGUGGCGCCUUCAAUCCCGAAACCGCCGCCUUUGCCCGGCGAUACCAGGCUGCAUUUGGACGUGCAUUUCGAAAGGUUCACGCAGACCACCGUCAAGCCGAAGCACAUGUACACCUUUUUCUGCGGGGAGGAUUUCAGGAGAGACGAAUUCGCGUCGCACUGCAAGGACACGCACGCGGAUAUCCAGGGUGGAAUGGAUGGUUGGAUCGAGAGACGGUGUCCGUUGGCGUACAUGGGCUGUUCAUUCAAAGUGCGUCGUCUGGACCCUGUGGGGCAUACGGUGGUUUUCAAUAAAUCUUCGCGAAGUUUUGCACUGCAGUCUACCACCGAACCCAUUUCCGGUUCUGGUCUGGAAACACUACCUGUCAAGGACCCAAGCAAGGGUGGCGCUGAAUUCAGGGUAUUGUAUGAGGAGGUUUCAUCCAUGGUCUCAGAUUGA